AUGUUGGUUGUAAAUAAAAUCUGCUUCAUUUAUCACGUGACCGUGUUUUUCUGCAUCCUCUCCGACGGUCACGUGACGGACACGGACACCUGGGCCGAUCAGGUGUUUGUUUGUGUGAAGGGGCGGGGUCAGGGCCACAGGUGGGCGGGGAUUCCUGCUGCCACUCACAGUCUGGAUCUGAGUCUCAUUUCAGGCAGGACUCUGUGGACGGACCCGGACCUGGAUCAGAACCCGGACCCGGACUCCGCGCAUUCAGACGGGAUGAAGAUGACAGCGGAGCAUGUGGAGGACGGCGCCACGCUCAUCGCCAUGGAGACCCCGCCCGACAACUCCUACGGCAGCAUCACCCACGGUGAGAAGAUCUUGACCAUCCUGGACCAUCUUGGACCAUCCUGGGCCAUCCUGGGACCAUCUUGGACCAUCCUGGACCAUCUUGGACCAUAUUGGACCAUCUUGGACCAUAUUGGACCAUCUUGGACCAUCCUGGACCAUCCUGAACCAUCCUGGAUCAUCUUGGACCAUCUUGGACCAUCUUGGACCAUCCUGGACCACCUUGGACCAUCCCUUACAUUUUUUACUCAUAACCAAGAUGGCCGACAGGAAGUCAUCAAUAUCAACCAUCCAUGA